AUGGAAUGGGGCUGGGAAGUUGUCAACACCAAACCAGAAGAAAGACCCAGGUUCAGUCAAUGUAUUACAGAAUCAUGGAUGAAUUUCAGCGUAUUUCUUCAAGAAAUGUCUCUUUUUAAACAGCAGAGUCCUGGCAAGUUUUGUCUCGUGGUCUGCAGCAUGUGCACAUUUUUUACAGUCUUGGGAAGUUACGUCCCGGGGGUUAUACUCAGCUACUUACUACUGCUGCUCGCAUUUCUGUGCCCAUUGUUGAAGUGUAAUGACAUUGGGCAAAAAGUGUACAGCAAAAUCAAGUCUAUUCUGCUGAAGCUAGAUUUUGGAAUUGGAGAAUAUAUUAAUCAGAAAAAACGUGAGCGCUCUGAUCUUGAACGACCUGGAGAGGAAGUUUUCUCUGGAGACUUUCCAGAUUUUCCAGCUCUGGAAAAAGGCCCAGGAACCCUGGAUGAAGAGGAACUCAGUGUUGGUUUACCUGGGGAGCCCCAGAGCAGAAAGGCAAGGCGGGACAGAUGCCCUCCUGGUGGAGGAGAGGGGCAGGUGGGGGCUGCUGGCCCCUCACUGCCCCCUGGCAGUGACCCAAACUUUCAGCUGAUGACAAACCUGGCUGGGGAUGUCAUCACGGCCGCCGUGACAGCUGCUAUCAAAAACAAGGUCGAGGGUGUGCAGCAGGUGCUGACCCAGGCACUACCCGUCCUUGCAGAGGACACAGACUCUGAAGAGGCCGAUGACUUCGAACUCCUGGACCAGUCAGAGCUAGGUCAGAUCGACAGUGAGUUGGGACUCUCAGCUGAGCCAGAGGCAGAAGCUGCACCCACCAACAAGUCUUCCAGCUUCUUCUCGAACCUGCUUGGAGGAGGUCAUUAGACUGAACUCCAAAACAGAUAAACUACCAAAAAUUUAAACUUGCAAAAAAAAAAAAAAAAAAGAAGAAGAAAAAAAAGGGGGGGAACUGAACUUGAGCUUUACUGAUUACUUUAGAUUGGGGACAUACUAGCUCCCCUUCUGCAGUGAAUGAAUUAAUUGGAUUUCUAGCAGAUGACACCUACCCAUGAUCCCAGUUGGUUUUCUUCCCCACUUCCCCCUCUGGUGCUGGGGAAUCCAACCCAGGGCUUCACACAUACCAGGCGAUGCCUUUUGCCACUGAGCUACAUCCCUGCCUCCUGAGUUUUUAUGUAAUUAGCAUGGAAAUGAACUUCCUAUAUAUGUGUAUAUAUGUUCACAGACAUAUAUGUAUACUACGUUGUUCAAGAGGAAUUAGAGACUUAAUUAGGGACUUAAUUUUUUGUGUGUUUUUAUUUUGUUUUGGGGCCACAUAUGGCCAUGCUCAUUGGUUACUCCAGGCUCUGUACUCAGGAAACACUCCUAGCAGUGCUAGGGGGAACCAUAUGGGAAGUUGGGGAUCAAAUCCGGUCAGCUAUGUCAAGGCAAAUGCACUCUUCCGUAGUAUUUCCCCCUGUGACCCAUAUUAGGGAUUGUUUAUUUAUUUUUUUUUUCGAUUCUGGGUCACACCCGGCAGCGCUCAGGGAUUACUUCUGGCUCUGUGCUAGAAAUUACUCCUGGCAGGCUUGGGGGACCAUAAGUGAUGCCGGGGAUCAAACCCGAGUCAGCUGGUACAAGGCAAAUGACCUAUCGGCUGUGUUAUUAUUGCUCUGGCCCCCAGGAUUGUUUUUAAAACAAUAAGAAAACAUAAAUUGAGAUUCUUCUAUAAUUAUUUCAUUUUUUUGCUUUAAAAUUCAUUUCUUAAGCAUAUAUUUUAUUGUAAAUCACUUAAAUAUAAAUUAUGAAUUCAAAUACAUGCUGAUCUAGCUCCAACAAUGUUUCUCAUGCUUGGGAACAGUUAAAAUUUUUUGCUUGAUUUUAAUCUAAAAAAGACCAAUAAAAUAUUAAGAUGUCUCUAAGUUGAAGAACUUGGAGCAUAAUCUCUAAAGGAAUCCCUUAGGGAAAACUUCUGAAAUAUAAAUCACUCCUUGGCCUGGGUGGAUGUAUUUCCAUUUUCUUCUGUAGCUCUGGACUCAGGCUUCCUUGUCAGUGAUGUGCCUAUUGACCGCUGACCCUUUUCUUUGCAGUGAGGUACCAGCCCUUACAGGCAGGAAAUUAAAUUUCACUUAGAUGGCGAGUCUGAGCGACUCAUCAAACCUGAGCUGUGUUGUGCAGUUGUCACACCUUGUAAAGAGAGGGUGGGAGAGUAGGUCUACCUCACCUGCUCAGAACAAGCUUCCACACUUGUCUUUCAUGCUGUGUCAUGGGAAAAUGUCUCAGAAUCGUGAAACAAGCUUUGUCCUGUCCUCAUCACAUGGUAGAGAAGCAGUGACUGGCUUGAUGAUCUCCAGCUUCCUGAGGAGAGGAAAUUGCUUGGCUUUAUAAUGUCUUCAUUUGUCAUUGAAAUCUGUUUCUUCGUGGGAGACUGGAACACAUUUUUUCUUUAUCUUAAGCUUUUUAAGGUCACCUUGAAAUAAUCAAGCCAGAGGCUCGGGAUGAAGACCAGUGGUACAAGACAGAAAAUGGUGGCCUUGCAUGUGUGAGGCCUUGUGUUUGAUCCUCAGCACCACAAAGUUAAAACCAACAAAACAAAGAAAUUGGACUUGGUGUUUUAAAACAGUGGACUAAAGAGUAGAAACCAUGUGGAUUUUGCUUCUGUGGUAGAAAUGUCCAGUAGUGUUGAGGGACCAUGUCAGCUAUGACCAGCCUUCUUAAAUUUUCCAAGACUGCUGCCAUCUUGGGGGUCUGCGGCCCUCAGAAAGGAAGGUUGAGUCAAGAGUAGAGAACUCUGGCCCUCCCCCACCAAUGACCCCUCUCCUUGCCUCAAGUUUCUGGAGACUAAUGAUAGGCAAUCUGAUACUUUAAUGUAGAAUCUCUUAUUUAUUUGUUCUUUCGGAGGUAUUAAAUGAUCUAGACUGAAUUUUGCCAAAUGUUAAGGGAACGUGAGUUCCCACAGACUUUGAAUACUUGCUCUUUUGUGAUGGACUCUGCUUCCAUGUCCUUAGUGCCUCAUGGCUGUGUUUGGUGUCCUUUGUUGAGACAAAGUGAACCUGUGCCUUCAUUCUCUUGCCUGUCUUGGUACAAAUGAAAUCCUGGUGUUAGAGUGAUAAACCCAUGUGGAUUUUGGAGAAAUAUGCCGAAUUCUAUUGGAAGAGUUUCUGGACAUGAGGAAAAAUACAGUUA